UAUAUGUUUUAGUCUAGUCAAAUCCUUGCGUGUGCUUUUCUGCAGAUUGGUCUCUUAACGUUCUAACUUUCCUUAGCCUAUUCGUUAAAAACGGUGUCUACAAAUGCUGCGCCCAGAAAGACCAUUUCCCACUUGCUCGACAGUAAACUUACUGUAAACUAGCUACUUUCCCAAGUUCACUACUUCAAAUCUAGAAUUGAAAUUUCCUGCGAAACUUUACGGUCGUUCUGCCGCUGUGUCGGCUCCGCGCUCGCUGUAUUGCUGGGUCAGGCGAGCUCUGCAAGCUCGAUUCUACCCUUGUGUGAUGGCGGACUACUGAGCACCGAAGGCGCCGCAGUUUACAGCUUGCCAGCGGCUUGAGUUGCGAGCCCGGAGAGCCUCAGAGGAUCGCUAUUGUAAAAGACACGGACACCACCAUUUAGCGAAAUUCGCUGUUUGUCUCGGAAUAAGGAUUCCUUUUACUUUAUUUUUAAACGUGCGACCAGUACCAUCAGCCGAGAUUUCGGAGCUUCUGGAGAAAUACGAGAAACGUUUUCCGUAUGCGCCGCAUCAUUCUGGGAGGGGACUUUCUGGACUGCCGGUUCCAGGAAGAAGAAUCCGAGAGUGCCGAGCGAGGAGGGGAGUUGUCGCAUCGCCAGACGCCGAAAACCAGAUUAAAGAGGUGCGGCGUGAGAGAGGGAUGAGCGCGCAGGAGGUUCCCGCCGCGGGGGCGGAGUCGGGGGACUCGACGAUGAAGAGGGAGCCGAGCUCCAGCAACGGGCCGGCCCCCGAGAGCAGCUCGCCGGCCGAGAUCUGCGUCAUCAUCGGCGAGUCGCACAACGCCCAGACGCCGGGGUCGUACGUGUGCGGGAUCUGUGGCAAAAAAUACAAGUACUACAACUGUUUCCAAACCCACGUCAGAGGACACAGAGAGUCUGAUGGCGGUUCAGGAGAGGGAGGGUCCCAGUCAACAAUCAAUAACUUCCGCUAUACCUGUGACAUCUGUGGGAAGAAGUACAAGUACUACAGCUGCUUCCAGGAGCAUCGCGAUCUUCACUCCGUCGACGACCCCUACGACCAGGUGGUCAUACCUGUGGACGACUCAAAAGAGGAGGAGCCUAUUGAGCCCUUCCUGAAAAUUGGACCAAAGACGGGUAUUUACGUCUGUGAGUUCUGCGGGAAGCAGUACAAGUACUUCAACCCCUACCAGGAACACGUGGCCCUGCACGCCCCCUUAAGUCACUCCUUUGAGAUGCAGUCCCCUCGAGCUCCGCAGCGUUUGAAGGACUCCAGGAAGCAUGGAAACAUGAAAUCUGACCAAAUAGAGAGCCCUUUCAGCCGCAAGAUGGAGAAGAAAUCGCAAAGCACCCUGGGAGAGACCAACAGCUCACAGAACUCCAGUGGUGCCAUGUGCCCCCUGGUGUCUAGCUCCUUCCCGCCUCCGCAGACGGACAGCGAAAACCACUCCCCGGCGGGGACCGCCAAAUCUCCCCCCGCCCCCGCCCCCGCCCCCGCGGCCCAGGAGCAGUCGUGGAAGUCUCCGCCCACCUCGCAGAGGAACAGCGCCUCUAACCUGAGCAGCGCCCUGCCGGAGAAGGAGCGGCAGCAGUUGGCGGAGCGGCUGCUGCGGGCGAUGUGCGCGGACCUGGGCACUCUGAGCGUCCUGGGCGGGGAGGACUUCCUGCGGCUGGCGCAGACGCUGGUGGACACAGGGGCGCGGCACGGGGCCUACCCGCUGGGCGAGGCCCUCGGGGGCGGGGACGCCGGCUCGCUGGCACUGCGCCAGCUGCCCCGCUCCUACAACCAGGCCAAGGUGAAGGUGACCUGCGCCCUGGGGGGCGGCUCCGCCCCCGGCAUGGCGGUCAGCUGCCACGCCCACACGGGCGGCGCCCGGCCCUGCUACCUGCUCUGCGCCCACCAGGUGGAGGGGGCGCGGCUGCGCCGGUACGUGCUGGGGGCGCGGGAGCUGGACCCGGGGGAGGGGGAGGGGGACGAGGACGGGGAAGGGGACGAGCAGCUGCAGCAGUGGGCCCAGAACGUCCUGUCGGAGUUUGUGAUGCCGGAGGCGCGGGCCACGUACGUGACGGAGCCCCGGGGGGCGGGGCUGGGGGCGGGGCGGGUGGGGCUGGGGGCGGGGCCGAGCCUGUGCUGCGCCGGCUGCCAGCUGGGGGCCGCCGCCCGGGCCGCACUGGCCAGGAAGAGCCUGCAGGCGCGGGGGCUGGGCGAGAUCGCCGACCUGCUGGACACCUGCCGCCACCUCGCCGCCGCCGCCGGGCUCCCCUGGGACGGGCCCGAGGACCAGGCCCCGCCCCCGCAGGCCCCGCCCCCGGUCCCGCCCUGCUGGGACCCCACCGCCGAGACGCUGCUGACGGUGCACGGGCACCUGGAGCGGAUCCGCCGGGCCCUGGGGAAGAGCCCCGCCGUGGCGCCCCUCCUGCAGGGCCUCAGCAAGCCCCUGCUGGGGGCGCUGGCCUCCCUGCUGGCCCCCCUCCGCCAGGCGGCCGCCGAGCUCAGCUCGGACCGCCGGCCCACGCUGCAGCUGGUGCUGCCCGCCUACCUGCGUCUGGAGAAGCACUACACCGCCAAGGCGGGCGAGGCGGGCGCCGCCGGGAAGCUCUGCCACGGCCUGCUGGAGGCGCUCAGGGAGAACUUCGCGGUGGAGCACACCCACCAGGUCGCCAUGGCGCUGGACCCGGGGCUCAAGCUCCGGCCCGCCCCCGCCCACCAGCACGACGACAUCGCCGCCCGGGUGGCGGAGGCGGCGGCCGAGAUGGGGGAGGGCGGGGACGAGCGGGCGGACGGGGAGGCGGAGCCCCCCCCGGGGAAGAGGGGCCGGCGGGAGGCGGGGCCGGGGGCGGGGCUCGGGGAGGCCAGGAAGGAGGUGUUCCGGUACCUGGCGGAGGCCGCGCCCCCGGCAGCGAGCAGCCCGCUGCAGUACUGGCGCGCGGCGGCGGAGCGCUACCCGCGGCUGGCGCGCCUGGCGCUCUGGCUGCUGGCCGUGCCCGCCGUGGCCGCCCGCCCCGAGCUGGCCGCCGCGUGCCGGCAGGCCGUGGCCAUGAGGGGGCAGCAGCGCCUCACCGCCGACCAGAUGAACAAGCUCAUCUUCCUCAAGUCCAACACGGCCUGAGGGGCCCGCCUCACGCACCCGCCAAAACGCCCCCGGGGCCGGCCUCGUCCCGGGACCGCCUCGGCCCGGCUCCAAGGAGACGGCCCGGCUCCAAGGAGACGCCCCUGCGCCACGGCCGUUUCCUUCUGAGGAGCCGCCCGGUGUCGGACCGUGUCAUGCUUUUAUUAUUUUUGGGAGACUGUUCAAAGACGACUCUUGUCCGGUCUUUACGAUAACGGUAUUUUUUUGUAACCGUACCCCUAAUGUCUGUAGACGUUGCUUUGUUUUUUGUUUGUAAACGAUUAAACUUUGAAAAUGGCAAAAGCAGUCGAACGCCAGGAGCGCCCACCUCUGGCCUCUGACUGCUUCUCUUUAGUUUUAUUUUCUGCCGUUUGACUGUAAUAAUUUAUACACGCAAAAAUGACUUGAAGAUUGUAGAUGGCUCACGGAGUGACGCUGUGGUCGUGGGUGACGGUCAUGUUUUUGGAGGGGUUUGUGCGCUCGUGAGCUGAGCCCGGUCGCCUCCUGGGCUCAGCGAGUUUUCCCGCUCUUUCUGACGGCCAUUCUUCAGCGAACUUAUCCUAGACCUCCAAUGCUAGACUUCUAUCUUUAUCCUCAGAGUUAGUUUUUUUAUUUUUAUUUUUUUAAAAGUUUUCUUUACCUCACUUUCACGCGACUUCUUAGCAAUUUUUUCAAUUAGUCUUCCUCUUCAGUCACCGCAUCAAGUUCGACUUUAAACCUACGGCUAGGUGUGUAUUUAGAGUAACAUAACUUUUGAAAAUGUUUGUUUAGCGUACUUAUACACAGUAGCAAGUAUUCCAAAGAAACGUGCAGGUGUGUGGCUGGUCUCUCUCAGGCCAGGUGGUUAGUCUUGCACUGGAUUCUGUCAGUAGCUGCCCUGUUUUUUCCCGUUGUGUUACUCGGUCUGCGUUCAACGGCCAAUCAGAGCCGUGGGUUUAUUGCCACGAGGAGUGGCGAUUCAGUCUAACCGCAGUGCGCUGUGCCCUUGGUUUAUAGAGUGGGAGUGGCCGAUUCUGGGUCUGGAGGGGCCGGUGUGAAUCGCAGGUUUUUUUUCCCACCGGUUACCCUGGCUUAAACAGGUAAUUGGCUAUCUACUCCAACACUGGUUCACUCGUAGAUUAACCGUUUCAUACAGGGAGGAUGCGCUUUUGAACUAAUGUAGCUAAAAUGUCAGAUGGUGUGAAUGUUAGGGCCAAGUUAGUAAUUCAGGUCAGAAGUGGCAUGGAAACCAGAAGCUGCUCAGCCACUGGUUCAGAGUAAUGAAUUCACACAAACCUACUGAGCAAGCUGAGAACUGCUGUACUGACUACGAGCCCUUUCCCCCUGACAUCACCACCUAAUACAACUUGGUAAUACUGGGGGGGGGGGGGCAUUUGAUGUUUCUAGUAAGUUUGGGGUGACGUGUUGCCCCCCCCCCGCCAAGAUCUACGUCUAUGACCCUAUCAAUGAAACAUUUUUAACUUUUCAAAGUUUUUUUUAAUUUUUUUUUAAGAAAUGAGGGAAUUCCUUAGUAAUACCAAGGUGUAUGAGGAAAAAACACAAAACAAGCCAAGGACAAAGCACACUGCUGUUAGAUUGAAUACGGGAAAUGGCGCGUUUCAGUUGGUUUGAAUAGCGGCCAAAGCGCAAUGCGUGAAUCCGAGGGAAGUGCAUUCUGGGUGAGGCAUUUCAAUACAGCAGUCACCCAGAGUCACCGCGGGCUCCGAAUGCGCACAUUGCAUGCAAAUACCGUGACGGAAUCUCGACAGCAGGUUUUAGAAAUUGGUCGUAGCGUGUCUCGUCAUUUCCUACCGGAAGCACUGGACCUGUGAACAGGUUCCCUUUACCUCUGUGUGUAGCCAUUUACCCGGGGGGGGGGGGGUGUCAACCGCAGAAUAAAUUAUCGCGAAUCUAAGUAUUGUUAAAUCACCUUGCUAAAGGGAACGUUUUUUGCGGAUGAAAGGCAGUGAUGUCAUAAUAGGGGCGGGGCAAUUUCCCUUCAUCAGCGGUUUCACCAGAAACCCUUUCACCAGUGAAAGGUAUUGAGAAAAGAUCACAGGAUUCAGCUGUAAAAAGUACAAGUAGGCCUUCAUUUGCAAACAUUGGGGACAGGAUGGGGUGAGUUUUAUAGCCUGCUAGAUCAAUGUUUAUUAGGAAGGUUCGGUUAUUUCAAUGAUAUGCAUGCAAAUAAUACAACACAAACCUGUGUACUACAUACGAAUUACAGUCAGACCGAUAUCAAACGAGACAUUUUUUGUAGUAGUUGUAAUUUGAAGUGGCAGGGCAUAAAUAAUAAAAGAACUGCUGUUUUAAUCCACCAGGGGGAGCAAGUGUUCCAUAAACGGGCAACUAACUUUCUGUAAAGUCCGAUAACAUCAUACCUCUUUUUAUAAACUGUCCUCAGACAUAGUGUUCAAUUAAAUACGUGUUUAAUACUGUUAUAGAGGAACAUUGUUUAAACCAAACAGAUGUAUUUUUAUUGCAAGGCUAUAAAUUAUGGAAAAUAAUGUGGUUUCAUGGAAGGAAGUGAGUAUGCUUGUUUUUUUCUUGGGUUCACCUUGCAUUGGAAGUUCCAGAUGGCAGGGGCUAUAUUAAUAUGUACAUGUACAAAAAAAAAAGCUGUGUCGCCACAUCAUUUUUUUUUCCACUUAAGAAGUAUGCGUUUCAUUUCAUUAUUUAUGAAUAAAUACAAUACUGUAAUACUGUAUUUUUUUCUAUUUUGUGUCAUAUAACAGAAAGCGGAAAAAGUAUGGGUAUGCGGUAUAUGUUCAUGUAAAAAUAUAUUUUUGUUAUUACUUUGCAGGACUUGGCAGGUAUCAUCAUGACUUUGGCGUACGUAGUUUGUCUAAUCAAGUAGGCCCUAAUUUAUAGAUUUUUUUAGCCACAAUAUUUUUAUAUAUUGCCGAUGAUAAGCGUUGAAGGUCUCUUGUUUCUGAACGCCGGACGCUGGCGGUGCUGUGACAUGCUCGGAAUUGUGUUAGCCACUGUAGGACGUACCGUGCUAAUAAACCUGGCUCCUAACGAAACGGAA